AUGGCUAUUCUUCAGUCCACCAUGCUGUUUAUUGUGCAUAUUCUCCUCCUGCUGGGGCUUUCUACCUUCCUGGUGGACGCUGCUCCCAUGCCGCAGGCCAGCGCAUCCGCUGCGACAUCCGACUUCUGGGUUUCCACGAUCAAGCGCCAGGGUACUACUCCCUUCGGACAGAGUAACUACCAGGUGUACCGCAACGUGAAGGACUUUGGUGCUAAGGGUGAUGGCUCCACUGAUGACACCGAUGCCAUUAACAAGGCUAUCUCGUCUGGCAACCGCUGUGGAGAAAACUGCGACUCGUCCACUGUUACUCCUGCUCUGGUUUACUUCCCACCCGGUACCUACGUUGUCUCCAAGCCCAUCAUCGAGUACUACUACACGCAGAUGGUUGGUGAUGCGCUCGAUGUUCCCACUCUGAAGGCCGCUCCUGGAUUCCAGGGUAUUGCUGUUAUCGACGCCGACCCUUACAACAAUGACGGUUCCAACUGGUACACCAACCAGAACAACUUCUUCCGCUCUGUUCGCAACUUCGUUAUCGAUCUCACGGCUAUGCCUCAGGGCUCGGGAGCCGGUAUCCACUGGCAGGUUGCUCAGGCUUCCAGCCUGCAGAACAUUCGCUUCGAGAUGGUCAAGGGAGGCGGUGAUGCCAACAAGCAGAUGGGUAUCUUCAUGGACAACGGUUCCGGUGGCUUCAUGACCGACCUGACUUUCAACGGUGGAAACUACGGCAUGUUCUUGGGCAACCAGCAGUUCACCACCCGCAACAUGACCUUCAACGACUGCAACACGGCCAUCUUCAUGAACUGGAACUGGCUGUGGACCUUCAAGUCUCUCAACAUCAACAACUGCCAGGUUGGUCUCAACAUGUCGAACUCGCCCCAGAACCAGACUGUCGGAUCGGUCUUGAUCGCGGACAGCAAGCUCACCAACACCCCCAAGGGAGUGAUCACUGCUUUCACAACCGACAGCAUCCCUAUCGGCGGUGGUGCCUUGGUUCUCAACAACGUUGACUUCACUGGUUCCACUGUUGCUGUUGCUGGGCUUUCUGGCAACACUAUCCUUGCUGGUGGCUCUGUCAUCGACUCUUGGAUGCAGGGUAACACGUAUACACCCCAAGACGCUCAGCUGUCGAUCUCUCUCAAGGCUAGAGCCGAGCCCCCCAAGGUGCGACGUGAUGUUUGUAUCGCCCGUCCUCCGCCAUCCGCUCAACCCCCUGCUCCUGAGUCUGAAGCUCCUGCUCCUGCCCCUGCUUCUACCCAAGCUCCGGCUCCAGCCGCUCCAGCUCCAGCUUCUUCUGAAGCGCCAGCUGCUCAGCCGUCAGUCGCUGUGUCUCAAGCACCAGCCCCAGUUUCUGUUCAGACAUCUGCGGCUCAAGCUCCUGCUCCUGUUUCUUCUGCCAUGUCUCAGGUCCCCGCCGCUCAGCCUGCGUCUUCCUCUUCUGCCUCUCCCGCAGCCCAGAGCCAGCAGCCUGCCGAGGGCUCCGCCUCGGGAGCAGCCAGCACGAGCGCAGCAGCCUCCGCUUCUGGCUCUGCUAUUCCCUCUGAGGAGCCCAAGAUCGGCAUUUCUCUCUCCCUUGGUCUUGGUGGCGGAUCAUCUACACCAACGGCUGCUCCAAGUGUUCCCGCCCUUUCAUCUAUCCUGCCUAUCCCCACUGCUAGCAGCACCACCAACGCUGGUCAGUGCGCUGCUUCGCCUGUCGUGAAGUCUCGAUCGCAAGCCAAGGUGUCCACUUCACAGUUCCCCAAGGAACUUCUUGACAGCCAGGGCAAUGUGUUCGAGCGCUCCAAACCUCAGUACGAGACCGUUCCCGCUUCCUCCUUCGUCAGUGUCAAGUCUGCUGGCGCCAAGGGUGAUGGCAGCACCGAUGACACGGCCGCUAUCCAGAAGGUUUUGGACAGUGCAACAGAGGACCAGAUCGUUUACUUCGACCAUGGUAACUACAUCAUCACCUCGACCCUGAAGGUCCCCAAGAACAUCAAGAUCACCGGUGAGAUCUGGCCUGUCCUGAUGGCAUCUGGCAAGGCCUUCUCCGACGAGAAGAACCCGAUCCCCAUGAUCCAAGUUGGUCAGGCCGGCGAUGUUGGUUCGGUGGAGCUUUCUGAUCUCGUCAUUUCGACUAAGGGCCCUGCUCCUGGUGCUAUCCUGAUGGAGUGGAAUGUGAAGCAGGCCACUCAGGGAUCUGCAGGCAUGUGGGAUGUUCACUUCCGUGUUGGUGGCACCGCUGGCACUGAGCUUCAGGACAACAAGUGCGCAAAGGACCCCAAGUCUACCGUUACGCCCAAUCCUGAGUGCUUCGGUGCCUUCAUGCUGAUGCACGUCACCAAGGAUGCUACUCUGUACAACGAGAACAGCUGGUACUGGGUCAGUGACCACGACCUUGACAGCUCCAGCCACAACCAGGUCAGCAUCUUCAACGGCCGUGGUGUCUUGCUGGAGAACCAAGGUCCUGUCUGGAUGUACGGUACCGCUUCGGAGCACAGCCAGUUGUACAACUACCAGAUCGCCAACGCUAAGAACGUCUACAUGGCUCUGAUCCAGACGGAGACGCCGUACUACCAGAGCAACCCUAACGCGUUGACGCCUUUCACCCCCCAGACGUCCUGGAACGACCCGGAUUUCUCCACAUGCACGACUAACUCCUGCCGCAAGGCCUGGGGUGUGCGCGUCUUCGGGUCUUCUGACAUCCACGUCUUUGGCGCUGGUAUUUACAGCUUCUUUGACAACUACGGCCAGACCUGUCUGGCUGGCGAGUCCUGCCAGGAGAACAUUGUCCAGGUUGACUGCUCCGACGUGCACUUUUACGGGUUGAGCACCAAGGCUAGCACCAACAUGGUGACUUCCUCGAGCGGUAAAGCUCUUGUCCCGCAAAUCGAAAACGUGAGCAACUUCUGCUCAACCAUUGCGCUAUUCCAGCAGUCAGCGCAGUGA